UUCCUCUAUUCGAUUCAGUCGUACGUGUUCGUUCGUUGCUUUCGUUCGGUUUUGAUUCCAUUCGGUUGUGUUUCUCGUUCGAGAACAUUCAUUUAUAAUUUUUUACUCCUCUGCACCGGUUUUUGUGUUGUAUAUAUACUUCUAUAUAUGUAUAUUAAGUUACGAAUUUGUUGUGUUCUCGGUUUUUUACCCAAAACUAACAACUAGAAACCAAAAACUAGAAACUAAACAAAGCAAUACGCUGUGCAAUUACCGGGACUCGACUUCGAUAAUCGUGCAAUAUCUCUAUAGAACACUUGGAAAAGUCGCUGAGCACUUGGCAGAAUUGCAAUUGUUAUUACACACAGACCCUAGUCAAAUCUAAAUUUUCUUUCGCAUUUUUUUUCGAGUUUGUGCCUCGAGUGUCUACUAUAAACUACGCCAGAUCCCAUCGGCCAUAUAUAUGUAUAUAUAUAUAUAUACUAUUUAGCCAGGAAAUCGUUGGACAAAGGAGCGUGCAGGCCAAAGAGAAAGAGCGAGCGAGUCGACGCGAAAGAAAGUUUUUGUGCAAUCAAUAUACAUCUAUUAUAUAGUCAGUCAGUCAGUUUAUCCAACUCCCCUCCCUCCACACGCACCACUGUAUGACAGUGGUACUUCUCAAACGCAACUCGCUCGCAGAAUUUCACGAUUUUGUACUGCCACCGAAGCACGUAAGUGAUUGAGUGAAAACGAGCGAGCAAUCGAACAGCCAUCAUUUAUCAAAGAAAAGAUACGGAUCACCGGAAAAGAGGUAGAUUUUUUAACCGCAGACGAGAAGGCAAACAAACGAGGCAAGAAUAAAUAGGAGGAGAAGUAAACAAAAACCAAACACCACCAAAUAAAACCAACUACUAUUAAUUUAAAGCAAACAUAAACGAAUAAUCAUAUUCAAGCGGUAUAUAUAUACAAGAGGAUAACGGAUAACACAACUAACUAUAUAUAUACGAUAUAUGAAUGUAUAUUUCAAAACCAAAGCUAAGUUCCAGUCAAAUAAAACCAAAAAAACCAGCGCAAAUUUAGUAAAAGUAUAAUAAAAGGGAAAAACCAAAUUAUUGCUAUCUUUUUGCAUUUUUGCAAUUUUAUAAAAAAUAACAAAGAAAACGAAAAAUAAAACUAAAAAAACUACAACUAAAGAUCAUAAUAACCUUUAAAAUUCGAAGAAGCAAAAAAGAAGAAGUAAACACAUUUAGCAAAAUUUACUCUUUUAUCUAAACGAAAACAAAACACAAAAAAAAAAAAACAAAACAAAACAAAUCAAAGUAAAACCUAAUUCAAGAAUAAAUUAAAUUUUAAAAGUUUUAGACAGACAAACGCUCUAAACAUAAACUUAAAAAGCAAAUACAUUUUUUUCGCGAUCGUAGUUGAUCUAAAAACCCCCAAAAACCGAUAUAUAUAAAAGCAGCGGCUAAAACGCGGGACUUGUGCAAAGCGCAGUCGCAACUAAAACCCCAAAAUCCAAAAACUAAAAGCUAAAAACCAAAACACUACCCAUAACGAGCAGCCCUAACUUGUAAGCGAAAAGCAACCAACCAAGCAGUGAGAUAGUGAGAUUAACUAGGACUAACCGAAAGGACUAAAUCAGGGCAGGAUCAGGAUCAGGAUGACCAACGCCAUGGACAUAGUGAAGAACGGCAGUGCCAAUGGCUCCGUGGACGGCAGCAAUGAUGAGUCGCGCACCAAUUUGAUCGUCAACUAUCUGCCGCAAACCAUGACGCAGGAGGAGAUGCGAUCGCUCUUCUCCAGCAUCGGUGAGCUCGAGAGUUGCAAACUGGUGCGUGAUAAAGUCUCAGGUAAUUUGGUCUUGCCAGCAUCGUUGACCGCUCUCAACCCGGCACUGCAGCAAGGUCAGAGCCUGGGCUAUGGCUUUGUUAAUUACGUAAGGGCCGAGGAUGCUGAGAAGGCUGUGAACACCCUGAACGGUCUGCGUUUGCAGAAUAAGGUUAUUAAAGUAUCAUACGCCCGUCCAAGCUCAGAAUCUAUUAAGGGUGCUAAUUUAUAUGUAUCGGGUCUUCCGAAAAAUCUAUCACAACCAGACUUGGAGGGGAUGUUUGCUUCGUUCGGCAAAAUAAUUACAUCUCGUAUACUCUGUGAUAAUAUUUCUGGUCUAUCGAAGGGCGUCGGUUUUAUACGUUUCGAUCAGCGCAACGAAGCCGAGCGGGCCAUCCAGGAGCUGAAUGGCAAGACCCCGAAGGGAUAUGCCGAGCCGAUCACCGUUAAGUUCGCCAAUAAUCCGAGCAAUAGCGCCAAGGCCCAGAUCGCCCCGCCCCUCACCGCCUACUUGACACCCCAGGCGGCAGCGGCCACCAGACGUUUGGCCGGAGCUCUGCCCUCCGCCGGUCGCAUAAGGUACUCACCGCUGGCUGGCGACCUACUGGCCAACUCGAUUUUGCCCGGAAAUGCGAUGACCGGAUCCGGAUGGUGCAUAUUCGUAUACAACCUGGCCCCGGAAACCGAGGAGAACGUUCUGUGGCAGCUAUUCGGACCCUUCGGUGCCGUACAAUCGGUGAAGGUGAUCCGCGAUCUGCAGACCAGCAAGUGCAAGGGAUUCGGGUUCGUGACCAUGACCAACUACGAUGAGGCCGUAGUGGCCAUCCAGUCGCUGAACGGAUACACCCUGGGAAAUCGGGUGCUCCAGGUCAGCUUUAAGACUAACAAGACCAAGACCACUUAGGCGAACCCGCCAUUUUGGGCUAAACCUAGACCUUUCCAAUACUCCACGAUCUGUUUGAUUUGACGAACCUAGACUAUUGACUAUUUGAAUAUUUGAAUAUUGGAAUAUUGGAAUAUUUGAAUAUUUGACUAUUUGAUCUGAUAAGAGACAGUGUAGUCGAAAUUGUGCGAAAACUAGCGCGAAUUAUGAUGUCUAUCAUUUAAUUUGUACGCUAAACGAAAUUAUUAUGAUUGUAAUUCUAAUGAAAUCUUAGUGAAAAUUGAUUUAUUUCCAUCUCUAUAAUUUAGUUCUAUUAACUAAACCAAGCAACCAAAACAAAAACAAAAAAAAAAAAAACAAAACAAAGCUUGAAUGAGGCAACCAAAAAACACAACACAGAAACUAAGGCAAACUUUAGAAAAAAAGAUGAACAAGACAACUGUCUAUAAAUUGACAAAUGAAAAUAAUAAGGUCAAAGGAAAAACAAAACAAAAAACGAAAAAUAAAGAAUAAAAAACCGCAAAAAUAUGAAUGAAAAUGAUCUAAGUCGCAAUAUAUAGUAACUAUUUUUUUUAACUUAUGUAUAUGUAAUUUAAUUCGAUUAUAUUCAAUUAAACAGAGUAUUUAAACAAGCUAACCAAAUGAUUUAAUGUCUAUUGAUUUAAGAUUUACCAACAUUACUCUCUCAGCUUACCUAAGUACUUAUUAUAAUGAAUAUGCAUAAAUAUAUUGUAUUGUAUUGUA